AUGUUCUUCAAAGAAACACAUUUAGCAAAUUAUAAAAAUAAGAAAAACGGACUGAGGGAAGUCACUCAAAAAUGCCUCAAUAUAAUCGACUUCAAUUAUCACAAUAUAACAUCGCUGAUAAGUAAGAACAACAGUGGUGAUCUUUUAAUAAGCUACCAAUUUAGUGAUGAUGAAAUAAAAUUUGAUUCAAACGAAAAUUUAUGCAGUAAUGACAUAUACUUCCCAGAAAGUUCGUAUACAAAUAAUGACUUUAAAAAUUUGUUAGGAUGGGUACCAAGGAAUUUGGAACUCUCAGAACCAACAGGCACCGAUUCUAUUCCUUGUGCAUUCUUUUUUUCAGAAAACCAAAAUAAAGGAUCAACAAAUAAUAAAAUAAUUUUAUAUUUACACAAGUUUAAUGAAGAUUUGGGUACCAUUAUUCCAACAAUAAAUGCACUACAUAACAAAUUAAAAAUGAAUAUUAUAGCAAUGGAAUAUUCAGGAUAUGGUGCAAGCUUUGACACGUAUGAACAGAAACUUAUAUCUAUUGUAAAUGAUUCAUUUACUAUUUUAAAAUUUAUUGUUAAUUUUUUAAAAAUUCCUUAUAGCAAUAUAUAUAUAUUAUGCUAUGAUUUUUUGGCAAGCUCCGCUAUAGAGGUUGUAAAUCGAUAUGAACACGUGUAUGGAAAAAAUGAAGCCCUAGGUGGACUAGUUCUUAUCAAACCUCAACUGCUGCAAAUUGUGAGCCAGUAUACAGUCCCACCAUCUUGCAAAGAAAAGGAUGAUAUUGUAUUAAUAAACAAUGAUCUGAACAACGUUACAAGGAGAAAGGAAGCUAUGGAAGAAUACACAAAUAUCAUUUUUGAUGAAACUACUACAGAAGUUCGUAGAGGAGCUUCCCCAGAAAAGGAUAUCCAAAUUUGUAGUGAGGGAGCAAAAUACGAAAGUAACUAUUCAUACGCAAAGGAAUCAAAUGAAAAAAAUCCCACAAUAAUGGCCACAAAAAAAUGGUAUCAAUAUCUUGGAUUUCAAAAAGGCAAAGAAAUACUACACCAUAUAACGAGAAAUAGCAUGAAGAAAAAUAGUUUGAUAAAAAAAGGAGGAAUUACAAAUAGUAGAGACGUGGAUAAUAAAACUUGCAAUGACACAAUUGUAAGAAGUAAAUCUUAUAAAUCUAGUAAUGGCAUAAUGACUUGUGAUAUGUCUUUAUUUUAUAGUGAUAACAGUAAAUAUAUUAAGAGAGGAGAAGAUAAUGAAAUACCGAACUCGUUAAUGAAAAGAAUUCUAAAAGAUACAUUUGAUAUGAAUCAUUCUAUAAAUUCAAUAAAAUCAAUCUCAUGUUCUAUUUUAAUUUUUCAUCCUGAAAAUUAUUCAUAUAAAAAUUCAAGCUCAUAUAUAUUGCUAAGUAAUGCGAAAGAAUGUAAAAAAAAAGCAGCUUUUCUAUAUGAUUUUAUGAAUGAAGACUUUAUUACAGCUUUUAAAUGGUUCUUUUCCGAUACUUCCGAUUCUCAUAAGAAAGACAAAUUAUUUAAAAAUCUAUUGUAUUUAUAUAUACAUCCUUCGCAUAAUAGAAAAGACAAUAGUUCAAGUGCAGAGAUGAAGAAAGAAUCAAAUCGAAUUAUGAAUAAUGAGUACGAAGAUAAUAUAUGUACAGAUUUAGAUGAAAUAUGUAAUAGUAGUUUUGAUUUAAAUUUUCCUGUAAAUGUUGAUGGAAACUUUAAUGAACCCCAUAACAAUAGUGUCAAAAAUAGCUUCACCCAUGGAAGCAAUUUAAAUGAUGACAUAACAAGUGACUGUGAUAAUUCUCCUAAUUUUUAUAUGAACAAAUAUACCCAUUUCAACAACAAAAAUUCCAUUCACAUUCCUAACGAAAUUUUUAUAUGUCCAGAAAUAAUUCAGGAAGAAAAGUAA